UCUCGUUUAAGCCUUAACGUUAUAACUCAACACAUAAUAUUAGGCUUUGAUCGGCAAUAAACGCAAGUGAUAAGUGAAGAAAAAUCCAUUAAAAUAUAUGUAUAAAAAAACAGUGAGUGUAAAUAUUAUUAUUAGUAAUUUAACGGGGUCUAUAGCAUAGGAUAGAAAUUAGAUGGCAUGUGGGUGGAAUCCCAAUAAUGCAUAAGCAUCGCUGGAAUUGAAAGAUGGGGAUGGCAUAGGCAGUGAGAACAGGCAAGCUUGGGAAUUAGCGGAGCCAUGAAAGGCGUCUUUUCGGCGCCCGGUGAUUACAUCCACUUCAAGUCUCAAGUCCCUCUUCACAAAAUCCCUAUUGGCACUAAGCAGUGGCGAUAUUACGAUUUCGGUCCUAAAGUUGUGCCUCCGCUUAUAUGUCUUCCUGGAACCGCUGGAACCGCUGAUGUAUAUUAUAAACAGAUCAUGUCAUUAUCCAUGAAGGGUUACCGUGUUAUAUCUGUUGAUAUACCUCGCGUAUGGAAUCAUACAGAGUGGAUUCAAACAUUUGAAAAGUUCUUGGAUGCUAUUGAUGUACACCAUAUACAUCUUUAUGGUACAUCCCUUGGUGGCUUCCUAGCACAACUAUUUGCUCAGCAUCGUCCAAGAAGAGUUCGAUCGUUGGUUCUAUCAAACUCAUUUUUGGAGACACAAAGUUUCUCUGCUGCAAUGCCAUGGGCACCCAUUGUUGGUUGGACUCCUUCCUUUUUGCUGAAGCGGUAUGUCUUAACAGGAAUUCGUGAUGGUCCCCAUGAACCAUUUAUUGCAGAUUCAGUGGACUUUGUUGUUUCUCAGGUGGAAACCCUCUCCAGAGAAGACUUAGCCUCUAGAUUGUCGCUGACAACUGAUGAUGCUUCAGUGGGACCUCUUCUUCUUUCGGAUUCAUUUAUCACUAUAAUGGAUACUAAUGACUACUGUGCAAUUCCUCAACAACUUAAAGAUCAACUAAGCGAAAGGUAUCCUGAAGCAAGACGCGCAUACUUGAAAUCGGGUGGAGACUUUCCUUUUCUUUCAAGACCAGAUGAAGUCAACUUACAUCUUCAGCUGCACCUUAGGCAUGUUGGAGUGGAAGCUCGACCAGAUUUGGUUCACAAUAUUCCUAAAGGUGGCCUUGGAGGAAGUCCUAGCAAAGAGAAUAACGGAGAUGACUCUGACAAGUCACCUAAGGAUGAUAGGGGAGGCUCAGAAAACCCAACUGCUGAAUAUGAGAUAAAUCCUACCCCAGAAAGUUCAGGAUCUCAUGAUUUAGACAUCCAGCCACUCGAUAGUUCAGAAUGUUGCCACUUGGAUCAUGGAGUCACCUUAUAUGCCUUUCGUUGUGGAUUCACAAAUGAAAAGCGCAUUGUGCCUCCAGAAACUUGUGUACAUUUCGUGUGGGGAUAUAUUUUUCUUUUUCAUCUUCUUCGUUACAUCAGUUCGCUGUACAUUAUCUGGAACUAUUCUUUGGAAUUUAGGCAAGUUGUGUAAGUUGGAAUUCUUUUGGAUAAUACUAUGUAUCAUGAGAACGGAGUGCGUAAAACAAAGUUGCUACUUAUUGUGGACUGGAUUUCUGAGUUCCUUCGUUUGGUGAAAUUGAUGUCUGCAUUGUAUGUUAUUUGCAAUUGAAGGUAGGAUUUAAUAAACUGUUAAACAAUCGAAUUCUAUAUUUCACGUUUUUAAGUUCUUACGUGAUUGACCUUGGGAUGC